AUGGAAACGACGACGGCCGGGCCCAAAAACCAAUCUCCGGAAGUAGAGGAAGAACAGCAAGCUCGCGGCCCUCUUUUGUCCAUGCUAAUCGGUGCUUUUAAUGAUCCUCCAUGGGAAACCACCUCAUCAGAGGAAACGCGAUUACCGUUCAUAUCCAGGUUGAGAAACAAUAGGCCCAGAGGGAUGGGUUCGAUGUUCGGUAGGAUUAGAGAACGCUCUAAACUAAGGAUGCAGAAGCUUUACGAGUACUUUAGGCCGAAUUUUCAACCGCAAAAUGCCGUCAUGGAUGGCGGCUAUCCGGGUGACAGUGGUGGACUCGGAAUGGGCACUGGAGGAGGAGGAGGACUCGGAAUACGUGGCGUUGGGCAGGCCCCCGUUACAAUCCACUUAAACGAUUAUUCUACAAAACAAUAUGUGAAUGUGAAUUCGGGAGGAGUGAAGAAUGGUGCCGACGGGGGCGCUACCCAUGGUGGUAUCUCACUGUCAGCUAAUCCAACGUUCGGAACUGAUAUGGCCGGAGGCUACCUAUGCUUCGGGAUUUCCAUCCUGUGCAUCGGUAUCGUGACAGCCAUUAUCGGCGAUGUGGCGUCACACUUUGGCUGCACGCUGGGCAUAAAGGAUUCAGUCACUGCCAUUGUCUUCGUCGCACUGGGAACGAGUAUACCGGAUACGUUCGCCAGUAAGGUUGCCGCCAUCCAGGACAAGUAUGCCGACGCUAGCGUGGGAAACGUCACCGGCAGUAACGCUGUCAACGUGUUCCUCGGCAUUGGCGUCGCCUGGACCAUUGCUGCCGUGUAUCACGCCUAUCAUGGGCGAGAUUUCAAUGUGGAGCCCGGAACCUUGGCCUUCUCGGUGACCCUGUUCUGUACGGAGGCGCUGGUCGCAAUCAUCGUACUGAUGAUGCGCCGAAGUCCCAAGAUCGGCGGUGAGCUGGGCGGUCCGAAAAAAGCCAAGUACCUAACCGCAACCUUCUUCUUCUCACUGUGGGUGAUCUACCUGUUGAUGAGCAGUUUAGAGGCGUACGGCAUCAUCAAGGGCUUCUAAGAGGGGCGGUAUUUCCCCAGUCCCCGUGAACGGCCCAAGGCUAGCAAACCCAACGGCGCUCAUCGAUUCCAGUACAGUUCUUUUCUUGGUUGCGAAAGUAAAAAUGUCACCUGUUACUUAGCUAGAUAUUGAACUCGUAUUAGUCAUUAGGAUCGCUUUAAUGAUUUGUGUUUUUUAUUCACCAAUGGAAAUCGCUUGAUAACAGUUAAUUUUUUUUAAAUGGGAAAUCCCUCUGCAAUCAAACUGCAAGUGAAAAAGAAGACAUUUUAGUUUACACUUAUCUGUGUUGUUCAUAAUUUGUAUUAGAGUAACGUUAUUUUAAAUAUCUUAUGUUAGGAAUAAAUCCCCAACAAAUGAAGACGGUGAAGGAGUAAGAAAAAUGCCAAAUUGUUAAGAAAUAAUAAGAAAAAAAACUAUUUAAAACACAUAUUAUUAGGGCAAAGAAUAACAACAACAUUAUGAAGAGUAUAUUAAUAAGCCAAUGUUGAAUUAGGAUAUGAAAAAUGGUCAGCAAGCUGAAUGUUUUAGAAACAAAACCAACAAAUACUAUAUACACUUAUAAAACAAGGAAGUAUAUGACAGCCGAAUGAUCGGACGAACGUGACGGGCGUGAUUUUAAGAAUGUUGCGAUUUCUGCUUUUGUUGAUAGAUGAAAACAUCUGCGUUCAAAUCCACGUAUUCUAGUCAAUCGUUGAAUUUUUAGGAAUAUGGUGUAAGUCCUUUCGUUAUUCCGCCAUGUGCGACAUGUUAAACAGAAUUGCAGUCCAGUUGAGUUGUCUAAGUUUAUGUACAUAUAGAAAAGAAAAAGUCAUUAUUUAAGCUUUUGUUUCGUUCCUCCUUUGGACUAUUUUCUUCAAACCAAUCAUCGUAGUGCUUGAAAGCCGUUGUUCAAGUAGAACUGAUAAGACAUAUCUAAUUUUUUGUUCUUUUAUAACAAGUCGAGAUUCUCCAAUUAGGCGAUUUUGCUUAACCGCUGGACUGGACUUGUAUAAUAGACCAAUUAGUCUUUAACAAAAUGGUUCCAAAAACUACGUAGCCCCGAACCGUAUCCCAAUCUUGAAAUUGUGACUAUCAGAAAUUUAUAUGUAGCGGCAUCAGCGCCGGAUCCUAUCCUUUAUACGAAUCCAAGGUUUUCGAAUAAACUAGGGUUGAUGUAAACAUUGAGACAGGUCUACUGUCUCGCAUAACUCGAAGAAAUAAACAUCUCGAAUAGAGGACCACAAUCAACUGUAAUGGUCCAAAAGGAAACAAUCCGAACCUGAGAGUUUCAAGUAUUUCAGCAUUUUUAUCCGUUAUUUCCAAUUUACGUUACUUGUGAGUCACACGAACAUACACAUUAGAAUUUACCACAGCUGCACUCCACGCUGGAAAAGUGAAAACAGAGAACUGUAGAUCAUUCUCAUCGGAAAUAAAGUCUUACGAAAAAAAAAAUAUAUAUAGGGGAAAUGGCGAACGCAGCCAUUUUGAAAGAACAAACUACAGCUUCAGGGUUACCAGACAAAUUUUGGUCAAUACAAUCUUUGCUUCAUUAACAAGAAAACUCUUCCGGAUUUCGAUAACCUUAACUCGCAAUUCGAGGGAAUCGUUCUCAUAAUUUAGGAAAGCUUCUCUCGGAAUACGAUAAUUUUUUUAUACGAAAUUCUAAAGAAGUAUUCGCGGAAUUCAAGAGAAUUCCUUUCGAAAACUUUGAGAAAGAUUCUCUCGAGAACUCGACAGAAUUUUUCCCGAGAGAAUUCCUCUCCGGAACUCAAACGAACUUCUCAAGGAAAUUUGAGAGGAUUGAUCGCAAGAGAAUUCCUCUCGUAAACUCGAGCAAACUUCUCUCGGGAACUCGAGUCAAUUACUCUCGCGAAUACAAAAAAAACCUAUCAGAACUAGAGGGGAAUUCCUCCCGAGAAAUAUUCCCAGUUUUCGAGAUAUUUUCUUUCGGUAUUCGAUACAAUUUCUCCCGGAAUUCGAGAAGAUUUUUUUUCGGAGUCCGAAAGCAUUGAAUUCGAAAUAAUUCAAAAGAUUUCACCUCUCACCUAUUGAAAUUCCAAUAAUGUUUUAGUAAAGUUUAGGUUGUUACCAGCAGGAAAAUUGAAUGAAUUCCAAAUGGAAUCCAAAUAUACGACCAGAAAAACCCCAGAAGCAUUUGAAAACGAUUCCUUAAUUCUGAGUAAAUCUUUCAAUAAUCGGAAUACUUUAUCUUUUUUGAUGCCCUUCAUUCUAAUCAAGUUACAUUGGAAUGUUUUACUACUUACUUUUCUGGUAGCCCUAAUCUUUUGUUGCCAAUAACUGCUGCCAACCCGAAAUGAUAUUUUUAGUUAAACAAAUUCAAUCCGAGUGAAAAACAAAUUUCUUCCAUUACACUGUUAAAUCGGAAUCAGCACCGCGCUAGUGUUAAUAAUUGUUUUAGAUAGCCAUAAGAAACUCAAUUUUUUUCAUAAUUUUUAAGUAAUUAAGAACGGAAAUGAUAAGCCAAACAAAACACAACCAAAAAUCAAUGGUCGAAGACAAACGUCCGCGUAGUGUGAGAGCGAGAGCAUGUAACCGUAUUGUCUUUUUUCUGUUUUGUGUUUCGAAUCAUAUAUUCUAAAACAUAGAAUAAAGCAUCAAUACGGCGUUAAAAUAAUCCAUUUUGUUAAAAGGGGGAACUUAACUCUUCGAGCGGUUUGAAACGGUUGAUAAAUAGUUUAUUGUAAAAAUCGACACUAAGUUAUUGGUUCAUGACCCGCUUCAUUAAAUUUCCGCUGGUGUGUGGCAACUGUCACAUGAAUGCAAAUUGGACGAAACAUUUAGCACUUGUUCAAAAUAGCUUUGCGAUUGUUAAAUAGGUGCGAUGGAAAAUAAAUUGGAAGAAAAAAACCAACAAUAAAAGCAAGUUAGUUGUCGUGUUCUUAAGAGAAAAUAUAUUUAUAUGGAUGGAAUGUAGCAUAACAAAGGGAGUGCCAUUUAUAUUUUUACACAAACACAGAGACGUUAGCAUCGAUAACCACCUGGAUAUGCGAAAUGCAUUAGAAUCGAAUCGAAGAAAAACUGUUGUAGCCAAUAACAAAUCUACAUUUCUUGAAACAAUUCAUACUCUUGAUGUUUUCAACUUGCGCAUAGGACAACAUGCGGUCCAUUUCGAUAUUGAACCGCAAUAUAAUGUUCCCUACACCUACUGUUAUCAUAAUCACAAACUGUCAAUAUGAAAAACGAUUUCUGUAAGCUGAAUGUGACAUAGGUCAAAAUUAUACACAAACUCUUAUAAUACAAAACAACUGUUUAGCAUUAAACCUAUAAAAGUAAACCGUAGAAAAUGCCAUCAGUCGUCAUACAUAAACAUAAAAGCAACUGAAACAUUCUUCCAAUUAGCAAAUUGAUCGGACGAAGUCAAAUAUAGUGUAUUAAGUCGAAUUAUCAGACAUGACAUGAGUGUUUUUAGACCGACUGGAACUCGUUUCGAAGUUCAUCGUUUGAUGUGCAUAUGUCAUACUCAUAACAUGUAGAAGAAAUAGGAUCGUGAAACGACUUACUUUCGAUGGAAAAUACAAUAAUCCACCUAUAUCUCAAUGAACUCAAACAUUUCCCAAUUUUUCAGAAUUUUUGUUAUCUUUUCCCUCUCGCUAUACCCUACGUAACUAUUAAUCAUAUUGUACCCCAAAACAAACAAAAAUGUAAGUCAACCAAACAAACGGAAAGCAAAAUUCUAACCCCACAUUUUUCUUAAAAUUACCAAUUGUGUAACGAUAAGCAAAACUGUUGAAACAACUAUUGAACUUGACUAAGAGCUCCCGAAAUCUUUGCCACACUUUCAUCCCCUUCCCUUCUUUCUAUACGGGGACCAGAUUUUUUUCCACCUCCAUUUAGAAUUCAAAAUUACUCGAAAAACUAUUUUAUAUGCUGAAUAUUAUCUCUAACUAAAGCAAGCAAAAAUCGUACGGCCAAAAAACUAAACACAACAUAUGUAACAUUGCAACAACUUCUUAGACUCCGAUCCUACGUAUAGAAAUUUCCUCGAAAAUUUUUCCUACCGCUAUUGUUAUCCUACCAGAGACACGUUUUUAUCCACAGUGGUUUCCCAGCAAAAAAAAAGUCAUAAAACUGAUGAAAUAAUCAAAUACUGAUAAAGAUAAAAUCAUGAGAACAAAAACAAGCAAACGAAACUCCCGUCACAGAUACACAUAACACAAGGUUUAUUAUGCAGACAAGCGUCGAUAAUAAUCGGGCAGAGGAAAAGAACAAAGGAAAUGCAGCCAGAGAACAGAACAAUGAAUAAACAAACAUGAAAAACA